UUUAGUCGCCGAACAACAAUCGAACAAGUUCCUACAAGAGUUAAAGACCAAAAAAAAAAAUACAAGUACGAUUAUAAACAAUUUAAAAAAAAUUAAUCUUAGCCAUGGGUUUCGAUAGCAACGCAGCGGACAGGCCAACAAAACCCAGCAGAAUUGGAGCACGUCACGGGCAGGCGAUUCUGCUGUUUGUGGGCAUGAUGAUCAAUUACUUUCAGCGCGUAAACAUCUCCGCUGCGAUUGUGCCCAUGACUCAAUCAACAGCCGGUGCUCCGUAUUACGAUUGGGAUCUAGCGGAGAAGUCCCUCAUUCUGAGCAGCUUUUUCUGGGGCUAUGUGCUAUCCCAAGUGCCGUCAGGUCUGUUGGCCAAACGUUUUGGCGCCAAAUAUGUGAUUACCUUGGCCACAGCCGUGGGCGGCAUCUUGUGCUUCUUUCAUCCCCUGGCCGCCGAGGGUGGCUGGAUCGAUAUCUGUGUGCUGCGCGUGCUGACGGGCCUGGUCCAGGGCAGUGUUUAUCCGUGUGUCCACACACUUUUGUCCAAGUGGGUUCCGCGCACAGAGCGCGGCUUUCUCACGACCGGCAUCUAUUCGGGGGCACAGUUCGGCACGGCGGUCAUUCUGGUUAGCAGUGGCGACAUAUUCGAGUCCAGCAUGGGCUGGCCGGGACUCUUUUACAUUUCCGGCGGACUUAGUCUGGCGUGGGCGCUGCUCUUCCUCUGGCAGGGCGCCAACGAGCCGGCCACAUCGCGCAGCAUCAGCAAAAUCGAACGGGAGUACAUCGAAAGUCUGACGGGCAGCAACAACAGCGGUCAGUCCUUGCCUGUGCCUUGGAUGUCCAUCUUUACGUCGUCGGCCUUCUAUGGCCUGCUGGCCGCCCAUUGCGGCUUCACCUGGGGCUUCUACACGCUGCUCACGGAGAUGCCGACUUAUAUGAGCAAAGUCCUAAAAUUAAAUGUCAAAUCGAAUGCGCUGCUCUCCUCGUUGCCCUACUUUGCCAUGGGUGUGCUAUGCUUUGUGGUCAGUCCCAUUUCCGAUCUGCUUAUCAAUCGUGGCAGCAUUACGGUAACCACGGCACGUAAGUUGUUCAACUCGAUUGGCCAGUGGGUGCCCAUGGGCUGCCUAAUUGGUCUGGGCUACAUGACCGCCGACGAGAAGACCGGAGCCAUUGUCCUGCUCACCCUGGCCGUGGGCAUCAAUGCCGCCUGCUUUUGCGGCUAUCUCGUCAAUCACAUGGACUUGUCGCCAAACUUUGCCGGGCCCAUGAUGGGCGUCACAAAUGGCCUAGCCGGCGUGACAUCGAUUGUGGCGCCUUUGGUUGUGGGCGGCAUUCUCACGGAUGAAGAGGAUCCCACCCAAUGGCGGGUCGUUUUCUUCAUCACCGGCGGCAUCUAUCUGCUGUGCAAUGCGCUCUUCGUGCUCCUGGGCAAGGCCACGGUGCAGCCCUGGAACGAUCCACCCAGCGUGUCCAGCACAACGACUCUACGCAACAACCUACAGUUGGACUCCAGAACCAAAGCCCCGAUGGACCGCAAGGAUGAUCGGUUUUGAGUUGUACUCUCAGAAAGCCAAAGAUAGUUAUAAAGUUAAAUAAGCUUAAGUUAAGAUUAGUAUAAAUUCAUUUUGUGAUAGGUCUUCGAGCGUCGGACUAACAGUUGGAAAGUCGCCGGUUUAAAUACAUCGGCGU